AUGAGCAUUAUCCAAGACAAGCUGGGCAACGAGUUCCUCCGCAACGGGGCGAUGGAGCCCAACUUCGCCCCGGGCAUGCUGAUGUUCAGCCACCUGCCUCCCGUCACCAGCUUCACGCGCAUGGCCUCGGCCCCGUCCGUGCUCCACGAGCUGGCCCCGCAGGAGAUGGUGCUGAAGAAGGAGCGCGACUCGCCCGACUGCAGCCUGGACUACGUCCACGGCGCCUCCAUCAAGCAGGAGAAGCUGACGGAGCUGGACUACCGCCUGCCGCUCUACCCGGGCUGCUCGGCCAAGGGCGGCGACCUGCUGAUGGAGGCGUCGCUCGGCAACCACCACCACCACCACCACCACCACCACCACCAGAACCUGCUGGCGCACGACCUGAGCCUCGGCAACCUGUCACAGAGAUUGGUGAAAGACUCCUCGGGGAGAAGGGGUCGGAGGUCAAACGGCGACAGCCAGGAGGGGAAGCCCCGGAGGAAACGAGGGGACUCCUCAAAGUCAAUGAUGCUGGACGGCGAUUUGGGCAGCCUCUCGCCGGGCUCCAAGCCGCACAUCUGCGAGCACUGCAACGCAGCCUUCAGGAGCUCCUACCACCUGCGCCGACACGUGCUCAUCCACACGGGAGAAAGGCCUUUCAGGUGCAGUCAGUGUAACAUGAGCUUCAUCCAGAAGUACCUUCUGCAGCGGCACGAGAAGAUACACAGCGGAGAGAAGCCCUUCAGCUGUGACCAGUGUAACAUGCGGUUCAUUCAGAAGUACCACAUGGAGAGGCACAAGAGGACUCACAGCGGAGAAAAGCCAUACAAAUGUGACACCUGCCAACAGUAUUUUUCCAGGACGGAUCGACUGCUGAAGCACAAAAGAACCUGUGGAGAAGCCAUAAAGAAGGGGCUGGACCCGGGGGCCCUGGACCAGGCUCUGAGUGACAUGGGGCAGGGUGGCUACGGCCUCGCUCAGGGAAACGGCGGAGGCCCCGGCCGUAAGAAGGGCAGGUCCAAAGGGGAGGGCGGCGAGCGCAAGCGCAGGAAGGGCGCGGAGGCCGGGGGGGAGCCGGGCGGCGACCUGGGCCUGCAGAACUACGAGGCCUCGGGCAGCGGCCUGCACGGACGCGCCCCCAAACUGCUCUUCAAAAAGGUCAACCGCAAGGGCCCCGAAAAGGACCCCUCCGGCAAGCCGGGGCCCCUGGGCGUGAUGGACGGCAUGGGGCUCAUGCAGGGCCCCGAGGCCAAGCAGGCCCCGCCCAGCAGCAGCAACUACGACGACGCCAUGCAGUUCCUGAAGAAGCGGCGCUACCUGCACGCCGCCGCCAACAGCGACUACGAGGUGGGCGUGGCCCACCUGCCCCAGCAGCCCACCGUCAUCCAGGGUGCCGUGGUGGGCGGGGGCCUGGACCACGCCCCUCUCGGCCUGCUGGACUCCUCCCCCAUGGGGGCCUCCGACCCCAAGCACGACAAGUCGGGCAUCCCGGACGAGGUCCUCCAGAGCCUGCUGGACCACUACUCCCAGAAGGCCGAGGGGCCGCACGACGUGCCCUUCGACCUGGGCGGGGACCAGCACGUGGAGCUGCACCCAGCCGCGCCGCCGCCGCCUGAGGGCGGGGACGAGGACGACAAGGUGGGCGAGAAGGCGGUGAUCAUGCACGAGUACUCGCGCUUCCUCCUGCAGGCCCUGGAGCGCACCAGCCACAGCGCCAGCUUCCUGUCGGGCCCCAGCGGGCCCUUCGCCGGCGCGGCCUCCUCCGCCAGCCCGCCGCUCUUCUCCGACAAGCACGUCUACGCCGCCGCCCCCCUGGAGUGCGGCUUCGGCCACGCCCUUACCUCGGCCCCGCCCGGCCCCCUGCCGAAGCCGCACUUCGGCAUGCUGCUGGCGGGGCCCUCCUCUUCCUCCUCGUCCUCCUCCCAGCCCAGCUUCCACCUGGGCGGCCUGGACCACCAGCAGCUCACCCCCUCUCAGGAGCUCACCGAGCAGCUGGAGAAGCAGUCCUCCCCCGGGGCCUUCCAGAUCCCACCCCCGGACCUGGGCGGCCACAAAGACGGCCCGCCCAAGAGCAGCUCGGCCUACCAGCUCCCGGCCCAGGACCUGGCCCCCAUCGACCCCUCCAAGGGCGUGGACCUCCGGCCCCCUUACCAGAUGGAAAACUUCGCCCAGGCCUUCGGCUCCCAGUUCAAAGGGGGCAGCCGGGUGCCCCUGGGGUUCAGCACUGACUCGAACGCAGAGGUGGACCACAGGAUUAGGACUCCCGUGACAGAAUUCUCAGGUUUCACUAGUUUGUUAGCUGAUGUCAAUGAGCCAGUUAGUUCAAGAUCCAAGACUCCCACAAGCCAAAGCUACAGGUAA